UGACAUCCUUAUCAUACUUGUAUAUUAUUCAGUCAGUAACAAAAAUUAGGAAAUGUACAUUCACCUGAAAUUCGUAAUAUUGAAGUCGCUUUGAAUAUAGUGUUUUAUGUGAAUGGUAUCAAAAAAAAAUAUAGUAAUAUUAAAAGUCUAGGUUAAUUUUUUUCAAUAAACAAUCAUCAGUGAUAAAUUGUUAAUUGAUCUUGUACAGUUUUGUACGAAAAUAGAAGUGUUUAGAAAAAUAUAUUUAAUCAUGAAUAACGAGGAAAACAAAACUUUGGCUCACCGACAGCACGUUAAAUACUUUACGAGAUUCCUGAAUGUUUUACCAUCAUCUCUGUCAUCUCAUGAUACAACCAGGGUCACAAUAGCAUAUUUCUCAGUGUCAGGCUUAGAUGUAUUGGGAUCAAUAACAUCAAUAUCGCUAGAUUUGCAAUCAAGAAUAAUUGAAUGGCUUUAUCAAUUGCAAGUUCAUCCUAAUAAAGAAAAUGGAGAUAUGUCAGCCUGCGGAUUCCAGGGAUCGUCAACUAUAAAUAUAGACUUCGAUUCUGGUAAUAGUCACUAUCGUUGUGGUCACCUUGCUAUGACGUACACGGGUCUUUGUAUCUUGCUGGCGUUAGGCGAUGACCUUUCGAGGGUUAAUCGAAAAGCUUUAAUUGAAGGAGUAAAGGCUCUUCAAACAGAGGAAGGUAAUUUCGCCGCGACUCUGUCCGGAUGUGAAUCAGAUAUGCGUUUUGUUUAUUGUGCUGCUUGUAUAAGCUACAUACUUAACGACUGGUCUGGUUUUAAUGUAAAGCGAGCUACAGAUUAUAUUAUCAACUCUAUAGGUUACGACUAUGGAAUUGCUCAAUGUCCUGAACUUGAGUCACACGGCGGUACCACUUUCUGUGCUUUGGCAACACUAAGUCUAACAAAUCAGUUGGACAAAUUAACCGAAUAUCAAAUAGAACGUUUAAAGCGUUGGCUACUUUUCAGACAGAUAGACGGUUUUCAAGGCAGACCCAACAAACCCGUGGACACAUGUUACAGUUUCUGGGUCGGUGCAUCACUAAAAAUUCUAGACGCGUUACACUUAUCAAAUUAUUCGAAUAAUAGAAAUUACGUGUAUGAAACUCAAGAUUAUGUGGUUGGUGGAUUUUCAAAAUGGCCGGACACUUGUACCGACCCUAUGCAUACAUAUCUAGGACUUGCAGGCCUCAGUUUAAUAGGUGAAAACGGUUUGCUUGAAAUAGUCCCUACAUUAAAUAUCACAAAACGGGCGCAUGAUCACCUCAAAACGUUACACGAGAAGUGGGCCAGUGAAUCAUAGCUGUACCAUAGAUACAAAAUUUUAUUUAAGGAUUUUGUUGCCAUCAUAUAAUUAAAAAUUAGACUGACGGCAUCAAUGACAUUCGAAUUUCAAAUUAAAUAAUAUUCUACAUAUGUAGCGUAAAAUUGCUGUCAUUUUAUUCUAAAUUGCAACAUCUUUAUAAAUGUUAGUAUUUGUAAUAAUUUUAUGACCAACAGGUGCUAAUAGCAAUUGAACGCGAGUCAAAUGUUGAACAACGAUUAAAAAUUAGCAAAUAGUACAAUACAAAAUCUCUUAUGGUGCCAUGUUAUUGUAAAUAUUGGCGUUUACAGCUGAGUAGUUAGGCGUUUAUGAAAUUUUUGCACAAAUGUAAAUUUUAAGUUUUGUUGAUAAUUAAAAAUCGUAAAGCAUUAAGUAACAGGGACACAAUGGGCUUUAUAUUUAAUAGUAAUGGCCUUUUACUGAAUAUAGACAAGCACAUAAUGAAUAAAGGGGUAUAUUUUGGUGUUAUAUAUUCAUGCUAUUAUUUCCAAAGUUUCUAUGCACAAUCACACUUGAUGUUCUGAACUCAGUUUAAGCCCUAAUAAAUUUUAAGACAUUUGUUCAUAAUA